AUGGGUGUCACGUCGGAAGCCUUCGACAAGGGCGUGUCGGACUUUCUUGAGGACGACCCCUGCGGCGCAUGGAAGGAAGACGGCAAAUGCGCCGUGACCAAGAAAGAAUUCGAGCAGCUUAUGCAGUUGAAAUACAUGCAGUCGUUGAUACCGCCUGGGGAGGCCAUCGGCGUGAUUGCCGCACAGAGCAUUGGGGAGCCCAGCACACAGAUGACGCUGAACACCUUUCAUAUGGCUGGGCGUGGCGAGGCCAACGUGACACUCGGCAUCCCCCGCCUCAGGGAAGUCCUCAUGACCGCGUCCAAGGCCGUCAAGACGCCCGUCAUGACGAUGCCCUUGAAGGCGGGCGCGCGUGCGAAUGACGGCAGGGUUCUGGCCAAUCGGCUGCGGAGGAUAAAGAUGGCGGAGUGCCUGAAGUCGCUCAAGGUGGAGGAGUACCCCGUGGCCUCCAUGGCUGCUUUCCCUGGCGGCUGUGGUCGGCUGUACGUUGUGGUGCUGGAGUUUUACGACAUGUGCGAGUACCCCUCCGAGAUGGACAUGAAUUUUGGCAAGUUGGAGGAGGCCUUCACAGAGCGCUUUGCGCCAGCCCUGAAGGCCGCAGUGGCGAAGGCUCUCAAGAAGCUGAGCUCUGCCGAUGAGAUAUCUGAGGUGAAGGUCUCCACAUCGACUCUGGACACAGAUGCUCCUGACGCUGCGCCGGGAAAGGGCACAAAGAAAGGCAAGUAUGAAGACGACGAGUCCGACGAGGAGAAUGAGGAGGGCAAGAGGAUGUACGCAGGCGGCCGGGGAGAAAAGGUGACGUACGACGAGCCAGACGAGGAGGACAAGAAGGUGGCGGACGACGCCGACCGGGAGACCAAACGGCGCUUCGGGCCGUUGCUGUCGGGGCACGACGACGAGGAAGACGAAGACAAAUCGGCAGUCAAUGCCAAAGCGUCGGACGACAAAGCCGCCGGUGAGUCCUCCCAUGCCAAGGCGGAACCAGGCACGCCGAAUCCCGGCCAACGGGGCCCUUCUACCAGAGCGGAUGUCGCGCAAGGAUCCCGGGGGUCGCGGCCGGCUGUCGAUCGGGUUCCGUUGACGGCGGUCUCUGAUGAGAAGGUGGACAGGGACGGUGGCCUGUGUGAGCAGUGCUUCAAGCUUCCGCUGGACGCGCCGAAGCUGCUGAUGCUGGAGCUGGCGGAGGCGACCGCCGCGGAGACGACGGUUCGGGCGACUGCAGGCAUCAAGAAGUGCUACGUCGUCGAGGCCAAGGGCGCCGGCGACUGGGGCUCCGUCCAGACGGAUGGCAUUAACUUCGCGGCGGGCUUCGCCAACAGCGACCUGGUGGACGUGGGCCGGGUCACCGCCAACGACGUGCACGCUGUCCUGGAGACGCUGGGCGUCGAGGCCGCGCGCAGCACCAUCGUGAAGGAGGCCCAGGCCGUGUUCGGCGCGUACGGCAUCGGCGUCAACGUGCGGCACAUCGGCCUGGUGGCCGACUACAUGACGCACCACGGCGGAUACCGUGGGUGCAAUCGCAUGGGCAUCGCCACCAACUCCUCCCCUUUCCUCAAGAUGACCUUCGAGACGGCGACCAACUACCUGCGACAGGCCGUUCUAGCAGGCGCCUCAGACCCUCUCCAGGCCCCCUCCGCUAGGAUCGUUGUGGGCCGGCCACCGCAGGUGGGCACUGGGUGCAUGCGGAUCAUCCAGAAGCUGUGA